AAACAACCUCCCGGAACCCUAGUUUCAAGCGCGGCAGUUGACACCCUUUUCAAACCCAACAAUACAUCAGUCCUCCGGAAAAACCCUAAAAAUCCCAAACGAAGGAAAAAAAAAAUGGCGAGCUUUCCUCAACCUGGAUCGGUUACUAUCUGCGAGAUCAAUCGCGAUUUCAUUACAGCGGAUAGCCUCUCAGAUGAUCGAGCGAAGGAAUCGUAUGCCAAAGUUCUCGGAUUUGUAUUCAGCCCUAUUCCGUUCCGAUCAGAACAGCUGCUGCCUGAUUUGGAGCCGGGAGCUGUGUCUGAUCACGAGCAGAAUAAUGAGGCUGUUUCGAGAAAUGGAUUCGCUGCGGUGAAAGAGAAGUUGAUCGAUUCGUUUAAGUGCAUGUUCUUUCCCGGGAAAUUGAAUUUGACAACAGAAGUUGAUUGUCAAGGAGUGAGCUGGCACCCACAUAAGCAUAUUCUAGCAUUUAUCUCUGGACAAAACCAGAUCACCAUACGUGAUUAUGAGGACUCAGCAGAGGGCAAAGAUCCAUGUGUUUUAACUAGUGACUACCAAAAAGAUAUUACAACACUCGAGUGGAGGCCAAACAGUGGAAAGAUGCUUUCUGUUGCGGCCAAGGGUGGUAUUUGCAUUUGGUCUGCAUCUUACCCGGGUAAUUCUGCGUCUGUGAGAUCUGGGGUCAGCUCAUCCCUUGGCACUGUUUCUAGGGGAUCCGGAGUUAGAUGGACACUAGUAGACUUUCUUCGAAGCCGUAAUGGUGAACAAAUCAGCUCUCUUUGUUGGAAUCCUGAUGGCAGGUACUUGGCGUCGGCUUCCUAUCGGAGCUCAUCAUUCACUAUAUGGGAUGUUGCUCAAGGGCAAGGAACUCCAAUUCGACGUGGAUUAGGGGCAAUAUCAAUGGUAAAAUGGUCACCGUCUGGAGACUAUUUCUUGACUGCAAAAUUUGAUGGGACAUUUUAUCUUUGGGAGACAAACACAUGGACAUCAGAACCUUGGUCUUCCGCUGGUGGAUGUGUCACUGGGGCUACAUGGGAUCCAGAAGGGCGUAUGAUUCUGCUUGCAUUUUCAGAUUCAGUAACAUUAGGUUCAAUCCACUUCUCGUCAAGGUUCCCUUCAUUAGAUGCACAUCUAUUGCCAGUGGAGCUGCCAGAAAUUGCCUCUUCGACUGGCAGUCAUGGAAUUGAGAAAAUAGCGUGGGAUUCUUCAGGAGAGCGUCUGGCAUUGUCAUACAGAGGCGGUGGUGAUAUUUAUUGCGGUCUCAUUGCAGUAUAUGAUGUCAAAAGGACCACUCUUGUCUCAUUAUCAUUAGUGGGGUUCAUUAGAGGGCCUGGAGAGAAACCGAAACCAAUGGCAUUUGCUUUCCACAACAAAUUCAAGCAAGGGCCAUUGUUAUCUGUGUGUUGGAGCAGUGGAUUCUGUUGUACAUAUCCCCUCAUAUUUCGGUCACAUAUACUUCCUUAAGGUACAUAUUCUGACUUUCUGAUUGGAAAAUUUCCGUGGUUGAAAAAAUCAGCGUUUUAACAGAAUUUGCCGUGAGGCUUGCUUUUGUGUGUAGAAAACGGUUUUGGAGAUGGAAAAAAAAAACAAAAAGGACGACAAAGGUGAGAGCCUAAAAUUGAAGAAUUGGGACCUACUUAAUGUAUCAAGAAAGAUGAAAUGAAGCCUUCCUUCGAUGGUGAAAUUAUAUGCUAUCUGCAGAUCAAAAGGCCGUCUUUAUUUGAUAUUUAACAUUCUCAGCAUCCAAAUACAAUGCCUAUUUUGGCGUAAUACUUGUAAUUUGAGAAUCAAAUUGAAUUGUAUGAUGGCACAACUAUACAGCAGUUUCUGAUUGGGUUAUUGGCGACUCAUUAAAAUUA